AUGUGCACCAUGGAUAUGCCCUCUACUACAUGUACUGCUGGCUCUGCCGGACCUCUUUCCUUUGACCGACUGAAGCGUGCUACCCUUGGUGGUCUCAAGUUCAGCCUGGGUCGAUCCAAUUCGUUUACCGCUGCCAAGAGGAACAAUAGCAAUGCCAGCAACAGCAGCAGCAAGAGUUUGGACCCUCCGCCACAGGCAGAUGCGCUCAAUCACUCGGAUCACGGAGCUUCGUCUUCUUCAGGUCGUGGCUCUCGCUCUCAUCAAACGCGUCGCAAAGCGCAGCAAGACGCCUUUGAUGCGCUCAUGAAGGACUGCGAUACCUUUGAUAUCAUUCUCCAAGAUCAGACUACGCCUACACAGAAGGAACCUGCUGCUCCAGCUACUACUGCCACUAGUACUGCUACUGUCGUUCCCAGCAAAACAACUGGUGGACGUUCCCACAGAAAUCGCAGAGCCCAACAAGAUGCGUUCUUGAAUCUCAUGAAGGACUGUGAUACAUUUGCCGUCAUUCAAGAUGAAGCAGGUCGAGUCAGCAGUGGCAAAAACAAGACACCACGAGCGGCCUGA